ACAGUAGCCGGGUGUACAGUAUAAUGGUGGUGUCAGAAGGAAUGUGAUUGCGCGAAAAAUUUGACAGCUUUUCGAAUCUGAAAAUGGAACUAAGUUUUUUUUAAACGGCCAGCAUCUAUAGUGGAUACUUCUCUUUUAUAUUUUUUUGUGAAAAUGUUAAGGUUGCCAGUGCUUUGUUUAGUGGUUUUGAGCGCAGUUAUAGUGUGGGAAGUGACGGCUUUGAAGGCCGGUGACGUUGGAGUAUGCAUGACCAAAAUAAGCUCCCGGACGAGCAAAAGGGUGACGUUCACGAAGCUCAGCAACAAAUGGUGCGGCAAGAGAAAGUGCGUCGUACGGGUGGCCAGGAUACAGCCAGUAGUGGAGGUGCACGAUCGACUGAUAUGCUGCAGUGGCUUCCAAUACCAAGCCGAGAGCGAUGACUGCGCGCCGCUGUGCACCACGGGCUGCCUCGGCGGCCGCUGCGUGGCCCCCGACGUCUGCCAGUGCGACCCACCGGCUUACCUCGACCCUGGACACCAGAACACCUGUGUCCACCCCGUCUGCGACCCCCCCUGCCUCAAUGCAGACUGCACGUCCAACAACACCUGCACCUGCCACCAAAACUUCCAACCUUUCAACUCUACCCACUGCCACAACUGUGGACCAGGGUACUCAGUCGCCCCCAACUUGAAUUGCAACCCCAUUUGCGACCCUGAAUGCGACGGGGAAUGCACUGGACCCAACGUCUGCUCCUGUUCCCCUGGGUACAUUGCUGCUGGACACAAGUGCGAGCCAGUGUGUGACCCAGUGUGUGUAAACUCGAAAUGCGUAGCUCCUAACUCGUGCUCCUGCUUCGACGGCUACUCUGCAUCGAACAGCUCUUACUGCGCACCUGUGUGCGAGCGUUGCGACGCGAAAUGUACCGCUCCGAACGUGUGUGAGUGCUUCGAAGGCUAUGAGCACAUCGACGGGACUUGCAAGCCGAUCUGCAAAUCCAGUUGUGAGAACGGCUACUGUUCCGGCCCGAACGAAUGCUCAUGCAACGAGGGGUACAAGAAGAAUGAAACCUUGGGCGUGUGCUCUAAACCUUGCGAAAAGCAUUGUCCUGGCACAUGUACUGUACAUGGAGAGUGCCGCUGUGCUGUUCAAUCAACUGACUUAGUUCCCAAGAAAGUGCAAUAUAAAUGCGGCCCGAGAAAGAUAUGUACUACAAUGAAAAAAGAGAAAGUGACAAAAACAUCGUAUAUUUGCUGCGACGGAUGGACCUACCUUGAUGGCAAAUGUGUUGCUAAAUGUGAUCAGGUAUGCCUCAACGCGCAGUGCACGGAUACCAACAAAUGCACCUGUGACUCCGGCUUUGUGCCUCUCAACGAGACCCUCUGCGUCCCUCCGUGCCCUCCCGACCAGUACAACGACCUCUCAGUCCCAGAAUUCCCAUGCAGGUCCAAAUGCACUCAACCUUGCUCUAACGGCACCUGCGUAGACUUCAACAAAUGCUCAUGCAAUUCCGGCUUUAAACAAAAAGACCAGUUUACCUGUGAGCCUAAAUGUGGUGCAUGUGAACAUGGCGUUUGUGAAGCACCUGAGUAUGAAUGCACCUGCUUAUCAGGAUAUGAAAAAGGUGAAGAUGGACGCUGCGAACCGAUAUGUGAAGGCUGUGAACAAGGAAAAUGUGUUGCUCCUAACGACUGUCAGUGUCAUGACGGAUAUAGACGAGAAAAUAAUAAAUGUGAGCCUGUAUGCCACAACUGCGAACAUGGAAGUUGCAAAGCUCCCAACGACUGCCAGUGCCAUGACGGAUAUAGAAAAGAAAAUAACACAUGCGAGCCUAUAUGCUAUGACUGCGAACAUGGCAGAUGCGUGGCUCCCAGCGAUUGUCAGUGUAAUGACGGAUAUAGGCGAGAAGAAAACAAAUGUAAACCAGUAUGUGAUGACUGUGAAUAUGGAAAAUGCGUAGCUCCCAACGAUUGUAAGUGUCAGACCGGGUACAGACGAAAAAACAACAAAUGCGAACCCGUCUGUGAUGAAACGUGCCAGAAUGGUCUUUGCACGGCACCUAAUGAAUGCACAUGCAAGCGUAAUCACUCUCACGAUGCAACAAACAAAUUCAAAUGUAACCCCAUUUGCGAUAAUGCGUGUGUGAACUCUACUUGCAUUGCUCCUAAUACGUGCAUGUGCAUCGACGGGUUUGAAUCUUCUGGCAACAAUUGGACCUGUCGACCGAGCUGCAAGUCUUGCGACAAUGGACAAUGUUUGGCACCCAACGAGUGUGUAUGUAACAAAGGAUAUGAAAAAAAUGAUAAAGAUACAUGUGUUCCUGUUUGCAAAUUACCAUGCACUCACGGGGUUUGCACACAACCAGAUUUAUGUGUAUGCAAUCCGGGAUACAAGAUGGAUGAUAUCUCGAAGACUUGUAAGCCAACCUGCGACCAAAGUUGUGUGAAUGGCACUUGCGUUGCGGUUAACGAAUGCGAAUGUUUUUCUGGCUACGAGAAGACCGACGUCGGAAACAUUUGCAAGCCAAUCUGCGCACACACUUCUUGUGUGAACGGAGAUUGCGUUGCGCCCGAUGUUUGUCAGUGUCGCGACGGAUAUGAGUUCGUUAAUGGAACAUGUGGGCCUGUGCCGUUGAUGAACUGCAAGGACUGCGAGGGAUUGUGCAAGGACGGCGUCUGCGCGUGUCCCAACGGCUCUCUGUGCCACCAGGCCGAGUCCGCUUCUACUGACGUGGAGUCUACCCCUACGUUAGCUGGUCUGCAGUUGACGUGGGCGCUGGGAGGGGCGGUGGGGAUCCUGCUCGUCGUCAUCAUGAUGGUGGUCAUGGCUCGGAUCUGGCGCCAGAGGCAAAGAUACGACAAGAAGAAUCCAGACAAACAUGAUGCAGCCUAUGGAAGCGUUCUGUAUCCUCUUGCCAACACCUUGGUACCUCGGGAUCCGACCGACGUGGAUCCUGACUACGAUGACGUGGAGCUGAACAAGCAGACCGAUGUGGGUCUUCUAGGGCAUAUACCCACGGAAGACUGUGUCGAGAGGAUAAGCGCUGAUACUUACCUACUCUAUUUGCUCUUGCGCAUUUUUUCGGAGCUUCAGACUAGAGUGUGUCUUGCCAUGUGGAAGUUUGUUGUGCUUGGGCUGGUGCUGGUGAUAUGCCAAGUGGAAUCACGAGUUGGUGUGUGUCAAACUGUGAAGACAUACGAAAAGACAUAUUGGGGUCAGAAAUGGGGUAGCUAUGUCCAAUCCUACGAAUCUUGUUGGACGAGUCUGUGGUGCUCCACAAAAACAAGAAUAGCUCAUGGUUUUAGAGAUGCUAAACUGACGAAAGUUGGCUAUAAAUAUGAAGAUGUUUGCUGCGAUGGUUACACAGGCAAUCCCAAGUAUGGAGGACCCUGCAGACCUGUAUGCAAUCCACCCUGCAAAAAUGGCUUUUGCGACGCACCGAAUACAUGCAGAUGUAACUUUGGAUACAAAAUGUCCUUAAGCCUUACGUGUGAACCACAAUGUUCCAGGGGAUGUUCUCAUGGCAAGUGCGUCGGCCCAGAAAUGUGCCAAUGUGACUUGGGAUAUAAACUUUCUAAGUCCUUUACCUGCGAACCCCAGUGCUCUAAAGGAUGCCCGAAUGGAAAAUGCAUUAGCCCUGAAGUUUGUGAAUGUAAUGUUGGUUACAGCAUGUUGGAAAAUAUGACUUGUGCCCCUGUGUGCACGAAGGAGUGUCCUUCUAAUGGAAAAUGUGCCAGCCCUGAAGUGUGCCAAUGUGACCUCGGCUACAACAUGACAAUUGAUGGCACUUGCGACCCUCUCUGCUCUGACGGAUGUCCUUCUAAUGGAAAAUGUACUAGCCCUGAAGUUUGCCAAUGUGACCUCGGCUACAACAUGACAAUUGAUGGCACUUGCGAUCCUCUUUGCUCUGACGGUUGUCCUUCUAAUGGAAAAUGCACUACCCCUGAAGUUUGCCAAUGUGACCUCGGCUACAACAUGACAAUAAAUGGCACUUGCGACCCUCUCUGCUCUGACGGAUGCCCUUCUAAUGGAAAAUGCAUUAUCCCUGAAGUUUGUGAUUGUAAUGUUGGUUACAGCAUGUCGGAAAAUAAGACUUGUGACCCUGUGUGCACUAAGGAGUGUCCUUCGAAUGGAAAAUGUGUCAGCCCUGAAGUCUGCCAAUGUGACCUCGGUUACAACAUGACAAUUAAUGGUACUUGCGACCCUCUCUGCUCUGAUGGUUGUCCUUCUAAUGGAAAAUGCACUAGUCCUGAAGUUUGCCAAUGUGACCUCGGCUACAACAUGACAAUAAAUGGCACUUGUGACCCUCUCUGCUCUGACGGAUGCCCUCCUAAUGGAAAAUGUGUCAAUCCUGAAGUGUGCCAAUGUGACCUCGGCUACAACAUGACAAUAAAUGGCACUUGCGACCCUCUCUGCUCUGACGAAUGCCCUUCUAAUGGAAAAUGCACUAGUCCUGAAGUUUGCCAAUGUGACCUCGGCUACAACAUGACAAUAAAUGGCACUUGUGACCCUCUCUGCUCUGACGGAUGCCCUCCUAAUGGAAAAUGUGUCAAUCCUGAAGUGUGCCAAUGUGACCUCGGCUACAACAUGACAAUAAAUGGCACUUGCGACCCUCUCUGCUCUGACGGAUGCCCUUCUAAUGGAAAAUGCAUUAUCCCUGAAGUUUGUGAUUGUAAUGUUGGUUACAGCAUGUCGGAAAAUAAGACUUGUGACCCUGUGUGCACUAAGGAGUGUCCUUCGAAUGGAAAAUGUGUCAGCCCUGAAGUCUGCCAAUGUGACCUCGGCUACAACAUGACAAUUGAUGGCACUUGCGACCCUCUCUGCUCUGACGGAUGUCCUUCUUAUGGAAAAUGCAUUAGCCCUGAAGUUUGUGAAUGUAAUGUUGGUUAUAGCAUGUCAAAAAAUAAGACUUGUGACCCUGGGUGCACUAAGGAGUGUCCUUCUAAUGGAAAAUGUGUCAGCCCUGAAGUGUGCCAAUGUGACCUCGGUUACAACAUGACAAUUAAUGGCACUUGCGACCCUCUCUGCUCUGAUGGUUGUCCUUCUAAUGGAAAAUGCACUAGCCCUGAAGUUUGCCAAUGUGACCUCGGCUACUACAUGACAGUAAAUGGCACUUGCGACCCUCUCUGUUCUGGCGGAUGUCCUUCUAAUGGAAAAUGUGUCAGUCCUGAAAUGUGCCAAUGUAAUCUGGGAUACAAAAUGUCGCAAAAUGCCACUUGCGAUCCUCACUGCUCUCGGAAUUGCCCAGAAAAUUCUUGGUGUGUAAGUCCAGACGUUUGCCAAUGUGAAGUCGGCUACAACAUGACAAUAAAUGGCACUUGCGAUCCUCUUUGCUCUGGCGGUUGUCCUUCAAAUGGAAAAUGCACUAGCCCUGAAGUUUGCCAAUGUGACCUCGGCUACAACAUGACAAUGAAUGGCACUUGCGACCCUAUCUGUUCUGGCGGAUGUCCUUCUAAUGGAAAAUGUGUCAGUCCUGAAGUGUGCCAAUGUAAUCUGGGGUACAAAAUGUCGCAAAAUGCCACUUGCGAUCCUCACUGCUCUCGGAAUUGCCCAGAAAAUUCUUGGUGUAUAAGUCCAGACGUUUGCCAAUGUGACCUCGGCUACAACAUGACAAUAAAUGGCACUUGCGACCCUCUCUGUUCUGGCGGAUGUCCUUCUAAUGGAAAAUGUGUCAGUCCUGAAGUGUGCCAAUGUAAUCUGGGAUACAAAAUGUCGCAAAAUGCCACUUGCGAUCCUCACUGCUCUCGGAAUUGCCCAGAAAAUUCUUGGUGUGUAAGUCCAGACGUUUGCCAAUGUGAAAUCGGCCACAACAUGACAAUAAAUGGCACUUGCGAUCCUUUUUGCUCUGGCGGUUGUCCUUCAAAUGGAAAAUGUACUAGCCCUGAAGCGUGCCAAUGUGACCUCGGCUACAACAUGACAAUGAAUGGCACUUGCGACCCUCUCUGUUCUGGUGGAUGUCCUUCUAAUGGAAAAUGUGCCAGUCCUGAAGUAUGCCAAUGUAAUCUGGGGUACAAAAUGUCGCAAAAUGCCACCUGCGAUCCUCACUGCUCACGGAAUUGCCCAGAAAAUUCUAAAUGUGUAAGUCCAGACGUUUGCCAAUGUGAAAUCGGUUACAACAUUACAUUUGAUGGCACUUGCGACCCUUUUUGUUCUGAUGGUUGUCCUUCUAAUGGAAAAUGCAUUAGCCCUGAAGUUUGUGAAUGUAAUGUAGGUUACAGCAUGUCGAAAAAUAGGACUUGUGAACCUGUGUGCUCUAAGGGGUGUUCUUCUCAUGGAAAAUGCGUCAGUCCAGAAAUUUGUCAAUGUGACCUUGGUUACUAUCCUCGCAUACCUAAAAAUAAUAUCUGCAAACCUCUUUGUCAUACAGGUUGUAGAAAUGGAUUUUGUGUGAGCACACUCUACUGCAUAUGUAAGCUUGGCUUUAGAAUGUCUUCAAACGGCACAUGUGAACCUAAUUGCUCUAAUGGCUGCCCACACGGAGAAUGCGUAGCCCCAGAAACUUGUCAGUGUGAUUCCGGAUACAAAAUAAAAAAUAAUACCUGUGAGCCCCAAUGUUCUUCAGGAUGUCUCAAUGGUAAAUGUGUGAGUCCUGAUACUUGUUUAUGUGACCCAGGCUACACAUAUUCGAAUAACACAUGUCAGCCGGACUGCCCGAAUGGUUGUGACCAUGGUAAAUGUGUUGGCCUUGGUAAAUGCCUGUGUGAUACUGGAUAUUUGUAUACGUAUUCGAAUGAGCAUAUAAACGGUACUUGUAAACCAUAUUGCAAAAUAGAGUGUGGUAAUGGGAAGUGCACAGAACCAGACGUUUGUACUUGCGCUCCCGGAUACACUGUGGAUUUGCAAAACAAUAUGGAAAAUAAAACAGAGGGCCCUCUUUGCAUUCCUAAAUGUACUAAUUGUCAAGGACUUUGUGUCGCUCCAAAUCAAUGUGAUUGCCAGCCUCCAUUAAUCGCCAAGAACACUACCGCAAAUGGUGCCGAGUGUGAUGGUUUUGAAUCAAUAUCUGGAUUGAUUAUGUGCAAUAUGACAAUUUGUGUGUUAAAUUCAAGCACACAUGAUGACAAUUAUGUAACUGAAGUAUUUGAAUCCUCAGAAGGAAUUGAUUUGGAAACAACGUUUAUGUCAUCAAUAGUUACAAACAACAAAGACAUUGACUUAUCAACAGCUACAAACGAUGAAUUAGAACAAAAUGAUACAAUAAUGUAUCCUUCUUUUUAUACGACCAAAGUAGACAUGGACGAGUCAUCAACACCAACAGAUUAUGAAGACUUUACGCAGAGUGAAGUGAAUAUUACUAUCUCUUUCGUAACUACAAAGCUUGCAGAGAAAAGCUAUGAUAGUAAACUCCAAAAUGGUUCUAAAACCAGGUCCAUUCCAGUCUGGGUAUACAUUGUCGCAGCAGUAAUGGCCAUACUGAUUGUACUACUUAUUUUGAUGGUCUAUCUUAAAAGAAAUCUUUUGAUGAAUUACUUUAAGCGCAGCAAAUAUGAAGUGAAAGAUCACCCUGAAGAGUACAGUAUUCCAACUAUCCAGUUCACAGGAGUGAAGUCGGAGGAUGACCGUUCUAUGCACUCGAAUGAAACGUAUGAAUGUGUAAAUUAAUCACUAAAUUAAUGAAUAACACCUUAAUAGGUUAAAUUGUUACAAACAUGUUAUCGUAUGGAUAAAAGAUAUACACAAAAUGUAAUAUUUAA